CUAUGAAAUUUCUCUGUCUCUCACUGUACACACACGGAAGGAAAUAAAAACGGCCAUAUUUAUAGCAAGGCUGGUCUUUCUUGGAUCUGAAGAAACCAAUUCCCAAAUCUAAACGCCAUGGGAACACCUUCUUCUUCUUCUUCUUCUCUGAUUUGCGCAAUUUCUCUUCUUCUUACAUUCCACAAUGCUGCCUCUUUCUACCUUCCUGGUGUCGCUCCUGAAGAUUUCCAAAAGGGAGAUCCUCUGUCUGUGAAAGUGAACAAGCUGACCUCUACAAAGACUCAGCUUCCUUACACAUUCUAUUCUGUUCCUUUCUGUCGUCCAGAAAGUAUCAUUGAUAGCAGAGAAAAUCUUGGAGAGGUGCUUCGUGGUGAUCGAAUUGAAAACUCCCCUUAUACGUUUAAAAUGAGGGAACCAGAGAUGUGUCAUGUUGUUUGCAGGCUUGUACUUGAUGACAAGACUGUUAAGGAAUUUAAAGAAAAGAUUGAAGAUGAAUACCGUGUGAACAUGAUACUGGACAAUCUGCCUUUAGUUGUUCCAGUUCGGAGGUUAGAGCAAGAAGCCCCUCCUGCCUAUCAGCAGGGAGUUUACAUUGGUGUAAAAGGACAAUAUGCUGGAAGCAAGGACGAGAAGCAUUUCAUCCAUAACCACUUGACAUUUACUGUUAAGUACCAUAAAGAUUUGCAGACAGACUCGGCCAGAAUUGUAGGAUUUGAGGUCAUGCCAUUUAGUGUUAAGCAUGAAUAUGAUGGCAAAUGGGCUGACAAUAUUCGUUUAACAACAUGUGAUCCACAUGCAAAACGGACGGUAUCUAACUCAAAUUCUCCUCAAGAGGUUGAGGCUAACCAAGAAAUCAUAUUUACAUAUGAUGUUGAAUUCCAGGAGAGUGAUGUCAAGUGGGCGUCGAGAUGGGAUGCCUAUCUUCUGAUGGCUGAUGAUCAGAUCCACUGGUUCUCGAUAGUAAAUUCCUUAAUGAUUGUGCUGUUCCUAUCAGGCAUGGUGGCGAUGAUAAUGCUGAGAACACUUUAUCGUGACAUUUCCAAGUAUAAUGAACUGGAAACCCAGGAAGAGGCACAGGAAGAAACAGGAUGGAAACUAGUCCAUUCAGAUGUUUUCAGGCCUCCAAGUAACUCAGAUUUGCUUUGUGUCUAUGUUGGAACUGGUGUACAGUUUUUCGGUAUGAUGCUUGUGACCAUGAUGUUUGCCGUCCUUGGGUUCCUCUCCCCUUCGAAUCGGGGUGGGUUAAUGACCGCUAUGCUCUUGCUCUGGGUUUUCAUGGGACUCUUUGCAGGCUACUCUGCUUCCCGUCUCUAUAAGUUGUUUAAAGGUACAGAAUGGAAGAGAAUUGCUCUCAGGACAGCAUUUCUGUUUCCAGCUACUGUCUUUGUCAUCUUCUUCAUCUUAAAUGCACUCAUCUGGGGUCAAAAAUCAUCUGGGGCUGUGCCGUUUGGAACAAUGUUUGCUUUGGUGUUCUUAUGGUUUGGAAUAUCGGUCCCUCUCGUGUUUGUGGGCAGUUAUGUUGGUUUUAGAAAGCCAACCAUUGAGGAUCCAGUGAAGACAAAUAAAAUACCCAGGCAAAUCCCAGAGCAGGCUUGGUACAUGAACCCAAUCUUCUCAGUUCUAAUUGGAGGCAUACUUCCAUUUGGAGCUGUUUUCAUUGAGCUCUUUUUCAUUCUUACCUCAAUCUGGCUGAACCAAUUUUACUACCUCUUCGGCUUCCUCUUCAUCGUUUUUGUCAUUCUGAUAGUCACAUGUGCCGAGAUAACCGUCGUACUAUGCUAUUUCCAGUUAUGCAGUGAGGACUACUUAUGGUGGUGGAGAUCAUACCUGACAUCAGGCUCGUCCGCACUUUACCUGUUCCUUUACGCUACCUUCUAUUUCUUCACUAAGCUUGAUAUCACUAAGCCUGUUUCUGGGAUCUUGUAUUUUGGUUACAUGUUGAUUGCUUCGUACGCAUUUUUCGUUCUGACCGGAACCAUCGGUUUCUACGCAUGCUUCUGGUUCACAAGACUCAUUUACUCGUCUGUGAAGAUCGACUGAUGAUGACUCCCAGAUUCUCCAGUUCCACUGCCCUUACUGGUUUGUCAACAAGAAAUGCUGUAGAAGAUUACAAUUGAAUAUCCAAGUGCUUGUAUCCCUUUAGAAAUCUUAAUUUGUCAACCAAUUUUUGAACAUAAGAUUAUUACAAUAUUUUAGUAAAAUUUUCCAGUAGUAGUUCAGAACAAAAGCUUUCUUUAUUGAUCGAUAGAGGUCUUCAGAUAUCAUGUAAUUUCUUACAACUUGUGAAGAGUUCCUUUACCAGUUGGUGAAGUUGCGGUUCAAUACUUUCAUCAGUUGUUCCCUGUG